GCCGCUGGCUCAGAGCCUUGCUCGUUGGCGGAGCUCCAGGCCGUCCCCCCUCGCGAAAAGGUACCUUGGAGACGGGCAAACGCCUUGGGGGCAGGACGCUCCUUUGGGCCUGGAGGCGCCCCUGGCCAGGCACCCGCAGGGGAUUACCCGCCAGCCUUGAGCUCGGACCGCCCCGAUUGGGGGCACGUGCUCUCCUCCGGGGGACUACAACUGCCAGGGUGCCUGUGCGGGAAGCUCCUCCCCUCGCUCCUCCUCCUCCCUCUGCCGAGGCACGAUGGGGUCGUGCGUGGUUUUCGGCUGCUUCUUCGUCACCUUCGGGCUAUCGCUGCCGCUCUGCCUGCUAAGUGUGGCCGGGACCCCCCUGCGCGUCAUUAUCCUGGUGGCAGAGGCCUUCUUUUGGUUGGUCUCCCUUCUCUUGGCUUCCCUAGUCUGGUUCUUUUCCGUUCACCUGAGUGACCAGGAGGACAAGUGGCUGCAGCAUCUCCUGUUGAUAUUUGGGGCAGUGGUGUCUGUCCUGCUGCAGGAAGCCUUCCGUUUUGCUCACUGCAAGCUCCUUAAAGAUUCCCAGGAACUGUGGUCUGAGCGCAGAAAGCAGGGAGGCUUACACUAUGUGACCGUAAGUGAAGAUGGGAGAUCCCCCUCCCCCGCUUCGACCAAACAAAUGGCCUAUGUGUCCGCCCUCUCCUUUGGAAUUUUUCAUGGCGUCAUUAACAUCCUUGCAGAUUCCAUUGGUCCUGGGACAGUUGGCAUCCAUGGGGAUUCGCCCUAUUAUUUUCUGACCAUUUCAGCUUUUCUGACCAUGGCCCUAGUUCUCUUACACACAUUCUGGGGGACCAUUUUCUUCAAUGCCUGUGGGAAGAGGCGCUCCUGGAAGCUAGCCCUGGUGAUUGUCAGCCACCUGGUGAUAUCAGGGCUGACAUUUCUGAACCCAUGCUAUGAAGCAAGCCGUAUCCCCAUCUUUCUGAUCAUCAUCUUGACAGGGGUGUGGACCUUUUUCACAGCUGGUGGUUCACUGCGCAACAUCCUGGCCUGCCUCUCCUGUAGGGAGAAGGAGGAUGGCCAUGUUAGGGUGUAUUUUGAGCUGCAACUCCCUGUGGAGGACUGAGUCCCUGCCCAUUGGGUCCUGGUGGUCAGAAGCUUCCUAGGAAAGAUGAGCACACACCCCCCAGGACAAUUUCUACACUGCUGGACGUGGGUCUUCACCUGGGUCAAGGGCUCCCGAGCUGCUCAGGUGGUUGGAGCUCCUGACUGGCCCUGGGAAGGCAGAAAAGGCUCCUUGGCCCAAAAGAUGGCUUGGAAUGAAGGAAGACUGUUCCUUGGCAUGUGGCUGGGAACCCUCCAGCUCUGUUUAUUCUCCUUUGCUUCUUUUUCUGCCCCGGAAGAUGAUCACUCAGGUUCUCCUGGAGAGCCGAGCAAGCCCCAGACCUUUACAUUUCCUAGUGGAUUCCCUUGGAAGUUUUGUGGGCUAUGGCUAAGCUCCCCAUGUGCCAACAAAAUCCUCAGCCUGAACUUUUCCUUCAUCCACUGGGAAUCCUGUAUAGACACUGGACCUGGUGGGGCGCAAGAGCUCCAUCUGCUGGCUAGGAGGUGCCACUGUGUCUAUAUGAAUACAAAGGAUCUUUCUUGCUCUAAUUCUUUUUUUAUAAAGUCCCAAUCCUAUUUUCUUUAAUGUUGAGCCCUAAAUCCUUUUAUGAGUUGGCCCACGGUGCAGUUAAUAAAACGUUCUCUGGUAACUGU